GCUGCGUGGCACUAGGACCCAGGGGGCUCCCGAGAGCGGAUCUUGGGGCCAGAUUGCAAAUUCGCGGUGACUCAGUGUGCUCGGCCCUGGCGCUCGGCGGCCGCGGCGGAGCAGCAGGCGUUGGCGGCCGGGCUGCGGGAGCAGUUGGCCGGCUUUCCGCGUCCGAGACUCCCCCCGGGGCCCCCGAGGCAGCAAACCAAGAUGGAGUAUGAGUGGAAACCCGACGAGCAAGGGCUCCAGCAGAUCCUGCAGCUGCUCAAGGAGUCCCAGUCCCCCGACACCACCAUCCAGAGGACCGUGCAACAAAAACUGGAACAACUCAAUCAAUACCCAGAUUUUAACAACUACCUGAUCUUUGUUCUGACAAAAUUAAAAUCUGAAGAUGAACCCACGAGAUCAUUGAGUGGUCUCAUCUUAAAGAAUAACGUGAAAGCGCAUUUUCAGAACUUUCCAAAUGGUGUAACCGACUUUAUUAAAAGUGAAUGUUUAAAUAACAUCGGUGACUCCUCUCCUCUGAUCAGAGCCACUGUAGGUAUUCUGAUUACAACCAUAGCCUCCAAGGGAGAAUUACAGAACUGGCCUGAUCUCUUACCAAAGCUUUGUAGCCUCUUGGAUUCUGAAGAUUACAACACCUGUGAGGGAGCGUUCGGUGCCCUUCAGAAGAUAUGUGAAGAUUCGGCCGAGAUUUUAGAUAGUGAUGUUCUAGAUCGUCCUCUCAACAUCAUGAUUCCUAAAUUUUUACAGUUCUUCAAGCAUAGCAGCCCCAAAAUAAGGUCUCAUGCUGUUGCGUGUGUGAAUCAGUUUAUCAUCAGUCGGACCCAAGCUCUCAUGCUGCACAUUGAUGCAUUCAUUGAGAAUCUCUUCGCCUUGGCUGGUGAUGAAGAGCCAGAGGUACGGAAAAAUGUGUGCCGGGCACUUGUGAUGUUGCUGGAAGUGCGAAUGGAUCGCCUGCUCCCUCACAUGCACAACAUAGUUGAGUACAUGCUGCAGCGGACCCAAGAUCAAGAUGAAAACGUGGCGUUAGAAGCCUGUGAAUUUUGGCUCACUCUGGCUGAGCAGCCCAUAUGCAAGGAUGUGCUUGUGAGGCAUCUCCCUAAGUUGAUUCCUGUGUUAGUGAAUGGCAUGAAGUACUCAGAUAUUGACAUUAUCCUUCUUAAGGGUGAUGUUGAAGAAGAUGAAACAAUUCCUGACAGUGAGCAGGACAUUAGGCCACGCUUCCAUCGGUCCAGGACGGUGGCUCAGCAGCACGAGGAGGAUGGGAUUGAGGAGGACGACGAUGAGGACGAUGAAAUUGAUGACGACGACACUAUUUCUGACUGGAAUCUAAGAAAGUGCUCUGCCGCCGCCCUGGAUGUUCUGGCAAACGUGUAUCGCGAUGAGCUGCUGCCACACAUCCUGCCCCUUUUGAAAGAAUUACUCUUUCAUCAUGAAUGGGUUGUUAAAGAAUCAGGCAUCUUGGUUUUAGGAGCAAUUGCUGAAGGCUGUAUGCAAGGCAUGAUUCCGUAUCUCCCUGAGCUCAUUCCUCACCUUAUCCAGUGCCUCUCUGAUAAAAAGGCUCUCGUGCGGUCCAUAACGUGCUGGACUCUUAGCCGCUAUGCACACUGGGUAGUCAGCCAGCCACCCGACACAUACCUGAAGCCAUUAAUGACAGAAUUGCUAAAGCGCAUCCUGGAUAGCAACAAGAGAGUACAGGAAGCCGCCUGCAGUGCCUUUGCUACCCUGGAAGAGGAGGCUUGUACAGAGCUUGUUCCUUACCUUGCUUAUAUACUUGAUACUCUGGUCUUCGCAUUUAGUAAAUACCAGCAUAAGAACCUGCUCAUUCUUUAUGAUGCCAUAGGAACGUUAGCCGACUCCGUAGGACAUCAUUUAAACAAACCAGAGUAUAUUCAGAUGUUAAUGCCGCCUCUGAUUCAGAAAUGGAAUAUGCUAAAGGACGAAGAUAAAGAUCUCUUCCCUUUACUUGAGUGUCUGUCUUCAGUUGCCACGGCCCUGCAGUCUGGCUUCCUCCCGUACUGCGAACCCGUCUACCAGCGUUGUGUGAACCUGGUACAGAAGACUCUUGCACAAGCCAUGCUGAACAAUGCUCAGCCAGAUCAAUACGAGGCUCCAGAUAAAGACUUUAUGAUAGUGGCUCUUGACCUCCUCAGUGGCCUGGCUGAAGGGCUGGGAGGCAACAUUGAGCAGCUGGUAGCCCGGAGCAACAUCCUAACACUAAUGUAUCAGUGCAUGCAGGAUAAAAUGCCAGAAGUUCGACAGAGUUCCUUUGCCCUGUUGGGUGACCUGACAAAAGCCUGCUUUCAACAUGUUAAACCUUGUAUAGCUGAUUUCAUGCCAAUACUUGGAACCAACCUAAAUCCAGAGUUCAUUUCAGUUUGCAACAAUGCCACCUGGGCUAUUGGAGAAAUCUCCAUUCAAAUGGGUAUAGAGAUGCAGCCUUACAUCCCCAUGGUGUUGCGCCAGCUUGUAGAAAUCAUUAACAGACCCAACACACCAAAGACGUUGUUAGAGAACACAGCAAUAACAAUUGGUCGUCUUGGUUACGUUUGUCCUCAAGAGGUGGCCCCCAUGCUACAGCAGUUUAUAAGACCCUGGUGCACCUCUCUGAGAAACAUAAGAGACAAUGAGGAGAAGGACUCAGCCUUCCGUGGGAUCUGUACCAUGAUCAGUGUGAACCCCAGCGGCGUCAUCCAAGAUUUUAUAUUUUUUUGUGAUGCUGUUGCAUCAUGGAUUAACCCAAAAGAUGACCUCAGAGACAUGUUCUGUAAGAUCCUUCAUGGAUUUAAAAAUCAAGUUGGGGAUGAAAAUUGGAGGCGUUUCUCUGACCAGUUUCCUCUUCCCCUAAAAGACCGUCUGGCGGCGUUUUAUGGUGUUUAAUUGAAUACACUGCAGCUGCAAUCCCAAAACUAGGGGUCCUUCGGUCUUGGAGACUCUGAGGGAGCCUCUGCACCCAGGGAAAAUGUUACCCUUUACGGGGGGAAGGGUAAACCAGUAGGGGACACAGUACAAUCCCCACCCUACUGGGAGGGGCGGGAGGGAGGUGUUGCCGUCACUGUAUUAAGUCGAUGUUGGGAAACGUUUUAACAUCUGGAGCCUUUGUGGGUGGAAAUCUGUCUCCAAUUACAACUCUGCACUGGAUGCGAAGAAGCAAAAACAAAUCUAUUCAGUCUACUCACAAAACAGUACAUUCUGGAAAAUGAUGGGGAAUUGUACCAAACAAGAACCAUAUAAAUGACGCAUAGGGAUAAGAAAGAGGAAAAAUUUUAUAGCGCACAAUAAAGGAAACCUAAGAACGGGGGUUACAAACAGUAAAGGAGCUUUUUCUUUUAAGUUGAAGGUUUUUAUAUAAAUUUUCCCACGUGGUGGGGCCUCAUUUUGCAUGCUGAUACAGAACUACACAGACGAAGCUAAUAGUGUUAGAAUCGGCUUGCCUUCCCGCAGUAGAUACCGGUUCUUGGAAGUUACAAUUUAAGGUACCCCAGAAAGAAAAAAAAAAAGGUUGGAAAUAAAGCAAAAGAAAUUUAAACAGUGAAACACCCUGAGAAAUGCCAAAUGAGUCACUCCUUUUAACUUUGUGGGGUGGGCAGGGAGAGAGGGGGAAUAAGUGGGGUUGGGCGUACCAGCCUCAAAUCUGUCAUCUUACUUUUGCAUUAAAACAUUAAUGUAGUGGAUAUAAUUUGAUGGUUGUACUUGAUUAGAUUUAAUUUCUAGGCCAAGACUUUAAAGUGCAGUUUAAGGUUCAGGCAUGCCUUCUGGCUCAUAGUGCUUGAAAGUAACGAAAACUAGUGGGGAGUAGCAUGCUUGCAUCCGUGACACUGGUAUUCAUUUACCUAUGUUGCGCCAGUUUGUGCUACAGUUUACCAAUUCAAGUUAGCCCUGCAUUUAAAAUUCCUUCAUAAGAUUUGUGGGUUUUAUUUUUAUUAAGAUUAUAGAUAUAUAAAGUACUGUAGUUUACAGCUAGGCCUUGAAAUACCUUUUUUAGGAUCUGUUAGGAAUAAGAUUGAUAUUGUAUCGUGUGUAACCUGCACAAUGUGGAAAGCUGAUAUACUGUGCAAAAUCUUGCCUAUGUACUGUCAGUGUGAUGUGCUUUCUGCAUGGUUAUAUGCUACUAGUGAUUUUAUCAAAAAUUCUCAAAUUCAAAUCACAUGGUCAAAGAUCUGUAAGAGGCUGCAUAAAUGUUAGUUGGCACAUAAGAAAGACAAUUUGUAGAAGUUGAAAAAAAACCUGAUUGCUAUGUUUCAAUGUUUAUUCCCAUUCAACAUUGCCUUCUAAGCUUUCUUUUUGGUUGUUGUUUUCUUUUUUGUUUGUUUGGUCAAAGCAUGAUCUUGAAGAUGUGUUUCGGUUCAUGGAUGUAAUGCAGGGUUCCUACACUGUAUUGGCGCAUGUUGGCGGCCCUCUGUGCCCUAGGCAUAAGCACACGGGGUGCAAGUUCAAAGCUACAGAGUGCCAGUCGCUUUGGAGCCUCUUCAUUUCAUUUGUUUAGCUUUUCUGUUAUUUUUCUCUACUUACAUGUAUUCCUGUGAAUAAAUCCUUGUUAAGUUAACCCUUUA